AUGAUUACAGUAACGGUGGUUUAUGAGGACGGGUUGAAAAAGCAGGAGAAGCCUUACAUCCUUGAUGAAGCUGAAGAAUUUAAGACGUCCUUCGAUAAGAUUUGUGCGUUGUUCGAUAUUGCCGAAUCCAGGACUGAUAAGUUCUCUCUUCAGUUUGAAAAUCCUUGUACAGGAACCUAUUAUUUUCGGGAUAGCACAAUCCCAAAGAACACUUGGACCAAGGAGAAACUCAAUAUCUAUCUAAAAUUAAAACCUGAACUUAAAUCCAGGGAAUAUAUUUCAAUACUUAAUUCAGAUGAUAAAGUUGGAAAAGGCAAGAUUCUAUUCCAUCUUAAAGAAGCUCUCUUUGAUACGAACUUUGCGGAAGAGUUUAUCUCCAUGAACGGCAUUGCUACACUAGCAAAAGAGGUGGUUCGUCUGAAAGGUAAUCUUCAAGGCUACUGUCUGGCAGCUCUUCGGUCAGCACUUGUUUACGUUUCAGCUAUGAAUGUUAUUUCUCAAUCACCUUCAACGGUGGCCGAGAUUUACAACUUGACUGACACCUCCCAACAAAACGUUCAAAUCCUGAAAAAUGCGCUCGAGUUGAUGAUCGUGUUUUGCAGUUAUCUGGACAACGGCAUCAAAUUGGUGAAAAGAGCAGCCAAAGAUCUGGCAUCUAAAUGUAAACAACAACCGUUUCAAAAUAUUAUGAACAUUCUCAAGAGUGAUGAUCUGAUGGUUCAAGUAAAUUGCCUCACUCUUUUGAACGUAAUGCUCUCCAAGGUAUCCGAGCAAAAGAAGAGAAAAUUAUUAUUUACAUGGAAGCAAGCAGAUUUGGAAAAUGCUCUUGAUUAUGCAAACAGAUCCGAGUUCCCUGCUGUAAAGGAACAAUUGAUGAUUUUCCAAAAGAUUUCAAAAAUUGAAAUUCCUCGUUCAUGGUUUGUUUGUGAAAAGGUAAAACAAGAAUUAGACAAGAUGACAAGCAAGUAUGAGCAAACUCAAGAAAAAUUAUUUGCCUACCAAAGACAGCAAGCAAUGAUCAAGGUAUUGAAACAAGAAGUACAACGUUGCUACGAAACUAUUAAUUUAUUUUCAUUUAAAUUUGGUUUCACUGACAGAAUAUGUACUUCUCAAAGAAUAGAUACAUCUGCAUCAUUUGAAUACACCUCUGACAAGAUUGUAGACUUGAGUAAAUUCCAAAGAAGAUCGUUGGAAAUGUCAGAGCAAUAUCAAAUGCUUUUACAAACAAGACGAGAAUUAGUGAAAAUAUUUCUAAACGAUCCUUCAUUUUCAGAUCUCAUUCCAAAGCCUGAACAACAGAAAACACCUGAAGAUGACUUGUUUGCAAGUGAUUCAGAAGAUGAAAAACCUACAGAUGAAGCACCACCUCCAACUCCUGAAGAAGUUCUUAAAGAUGAAGAAAUUAUGAAUUUAAAAUCUAAAAUAGAAGACUUGUUGAACGAAUUGAAUAAUGAGAGAAUGAAAAACAUGACACAGAAUGAACAAGCUAAAAAACAACUUGAACUACUGCAAAGCGAAAUUAAUCAAGCAAACAAGUUGUUGAGAGAAGCUGCUGAGAGCAACAACAAGAAUGAUAAGAAACUUGCUGAGUACAAGGCUCCAUCUUUUGACGAUUCGAGGCUCAGCUCUGGAAAAUUGGCUCAACAAACAGGUUUGAACAAUGACGAUUCGUCGUUAAAGGCGGCUAUUCCACCAACGAUGACACAUUCUAACAUUCCACCACCACCUCCAACAAGCAACUCUCUGCCUGUUUUUGCUCAACAACAGAGUAUGAUUCCACCACCACCUCCACCUUCAACAAUCAUGGAUGGAACCUCGAAUAACAUUCCACCACCAAUCAUCAUGACAAGCAACAAUGUGCCACCACCACCUCCACCACCACCAUCAUCAUCGUUUGGGGUUGUACCACCACCACCACCAAUCACGACCUCUAGCACUCCACCAUCAAUGAUGUCGAAUGUUCCACCACCUCCACCAAUGACGAUGAGUUCUAACAUUCCACCACCAAUCAUGACAAGCAUGAAUGUACCACCACCACCACCACCACCACUUGGAAUGGGAGGUAUUCCACCACCACCGCCUGGAAUGGGAUGCAUUCCACCACCACCACCUGGAAUGGGAGGUAUUCCACCACCACCACCAGGUAUGAAUGGAGUACCACCACCGCCUUCAUCAUUUGGAGUACCACCACCACCGCCUUCAUCAUUUGGAGUUGUACCUCCACCACCUGGAAUGGGAGGUAUUCCACCACCACCACCAGGUAUGAAUGGAGUACCUCCACCACCACCUGGAAUGUUAAGCACGGGUAUUCCCUUACCACCAGGUGGCAUGAUGAUGCCUCCCAUGAUGAUACACCAAAUAUCAAAGCCAUCCAAGCCAGUUAUUAAUCCAACAAAGAAAAUGAAACUCUUCACAUGGGAGAAACAUAACGUGAAUUCUCCAAAUGCUAUAUGGAACAAUAUUGAAGAGGCUACAAUAGAUGCUGAAGAAUUUGAAGAAUUGUUUUGCAAGAAGGAACGUAAAAUUGUUCCUAAGGAAAGAAGAGAAAAAGAGCCAACAGAAUCAAUGCUUUUGGAUUCCAAAUUAUUCAACAAUCUUUCCAUCAUGCUUAAAAAACUUCCAAAGGUCUCUCAUAUUGAACAAGCCGUGUUGAACCUUGACUCUAGCAUACUCGCAUAUGAGCAUAUUGAACUGCUUCUAGGAAACAUUCCUGAAAAAGAUGUUCUCAAUAGUUUUAUAACAGCCUCAAAGACAAAAGAUGAACGUCUUUAUUCAGAACCAGAGAAAUAUGUUCUCAUGAUCACAUCUAUUCCUGAAUAUGAUACUCGAAUUCGUUGUUGGAUGUAUACAUUACAGUUUGAAUCAGGUCUGGUUGUUGUUGAAAAGCCAUUGCAAGCCUUUGAACAGUCUUUACAAGCUCUCAAAACAUCAGAGCAUUUCAAAGUAUUACUAGGUAUUGUUUUGGCUGUAGGAAAUUACUUGAAUGGAGGAACUAAAAAAGGUCAAGCUGAUGGUUUUGGUUUGGGAGUUCUUCCAAAGCUUGAAGAAACCAAAGAUAAUGUUAAUGGGACCCUUGCUGACUUUUGUGUUAUGAAGGCAAUGAAAAAAGAUGAAAAAUUUGCAGAACUUCUGGAAGAAUUCGAGAUAUUUGGAAGGUCUAAAGAGUUUAGCUUGGAAGAUAUCAAAAAUCAGGUAGAGGGACUGGUUAAUAACUUGAACGACUUUAAAAGAAAGAUUAAGACUGUCCAAGGAAAGGUUGAGCCAGAUGAUAUCUUCCUCAAAAAGAUGUCAGCGUUCUUUAAAAAAGCUAAAACUGAUAGUGAUAACAUUGAAAAGAAGUUUGAAAGUUUUAAGAAAGAAUUUACUGACUUGUUAAGGUUUUUCUCUUACAAGGAGAGUGAUAUUCCAAAGAUUGACACUAAAGAUUUCUUUGGAAUUAUUUUCAACUUUGUUGAAAUGGUUAGAAAAUCAAUUGAAAAGAUUAAGAAAGAUCAAGCAAAGAAGCAAAAGCAACAGUUAACAAAAGGGCAAGGUGCUAAAAUCUCAUCAGCCGUUGGGGGUGAAGAUGCAAUGGCUGCUCUUGUGGAUAAGAUUAAAAGCGACCUCAAAAGACAAUAA